CUUUUCAUCCACAUCAAAUAUGCUUCUGUGGUAGUUUACAAUACAAGGAAAUUUUACCUGGAAAAAAGGAGCAUUUUCCGAUUUCUAAUCCCUUGGAAGAUCUUAAAUUGGAACACAAUGAGAUGAUGCGAAAGGAACCAGAAGUGUUGUCAUUGACGUCACCGAUUUUAAGUGUUUUUAAUUUUGAUGCUGUAAAUGUUCCUGACGGCGGAUACUUCGGAAUCUACUAGGACAUUUCAUCGAACAUGAGCGGCGCCUUUGUGAAUAAAUUUCAAAUCAUAAGAGAGGUAAUAUUUUUUAAUUUGAAAUAGGGUAGUAAGUUUUUAACUGUCAUUUCCAAAGAAGCAUGAACCGACAAAGAUGGAUUGCAGCAGUUGGUGUUGCGUUUACAAGUAAGGCUCUUUUCUAUGGCAUUUUGAAUUUUAUUCCACUUUUAAACAUUCUCCACUUGCUAUCCAAUCUAGAACGUUGCGAGUUAAGAAAUGCAUUUAAGUGAAUCGGGUCAUACGAAAAAAUUGACCUUAGAGAAAAACAAUUACACGGCUAUGAAAAGCUGCAAAAAUCCUUAAGGGAAGGGCAAUGCUUUCAUUUCACUGUUUUCACGGAAGCUGUACACAUUGCAACAAGCAAAGUCGAUUUCAGGUUCACGGGGGACAAGUAGGGCGUAUCAAAACAUCGAACAUGUAAUGGUGGGUUUUUUGGUGAAAAAAAUUAAAUGAUGGCGGCAAACGCAGAGGAAAUUCAAGAAAAGCACACUUAAUGACAGAUGCUACAAAUUUGCAGAUGUCAAGUUUUCUUAGCUAAACAUUUGCCGAAAACGCCCAAACGAAGCUAUGAGAGACAGUGAAAAUGUUUUUCUAACAACCGAACGAAAUAAUUUUUUUUUUAUCAAGAACCGAUGAGUUACCGCAGGCUUUGAAGCUGAAGUGAGAUAGCAUUAGUUGACUCGCCUUCGUAAGGCGAAAUAUGUUACUGUCUCUUUCCUUUGGUAAUGUCUACCUGCAAUCGCCCGAAUGCAGAUCUUAAUCAGGAAAUAGUUAUACCAUCUUCUUAAUGAAAUUUAGCUUUCAAACAAGGAUGUUAAACCUGAGUUAAAGAAUUGAAAAUUGAUUCCGAGAUCGUUUUUUUUAUUUUGAUCCGUUUGUUGUUGAUGUCGUUUAUUUUUUGUUAUGUUUUGUUGUGGCAGGCAUAAAAACUUAAGUUUCGCAAACUUAGAGCACUUAUAUAAAAACAAGACCUUUUUACUCGAUGUCGGUGCCUCCUUUUCUGCCUGGGUAUAUUCCUGUUUCAUACGGCUCUUAAUUACUCUACAGGCCUUGAUGGUCUUUCAAAGGUUUUGAUUUUAAAAAUGUAAUGAACAUAAAAGUAAAUGAGUUACAGAUUUAGUGUUAUGGAUCCAUUCAGUGUAAUUACACAGCCGGCAAUGACACAUUUGGAUCGUUCUUAGGUUUUAAAGAUCCCGAAAGGUGACGAUUGUUACCUUCAAAUGGUUUUUUUCUCUUCUAUUUGACCGGACAUAUUAAAUUGUUUCUAUAAAAAGCUUUCACCUGUUACAGAAAAUGGAAAUUCUGAUUUUUAUUUAACAAAUACGCAUUGAAAAUUUAGCUAUAUUUUGAAAUAAUUCAGUGAUGCAGAAUUCCAACCUGAAAGUGUACCUUGAUCAGAACCACGACAUUACUGAUUUUUUCAGUGUUGGCGUAAAUGAGUUAGAUCCAAAAACAGUUAAAACAGUUCGACCCUAUAAAACACGACGGUGAAAAGAGCGGAAAAUGUCUUUGAAUGCAAAUUUCUCAUAUAGUUUAAGUUGCCUUAGCCAUUUUUAUUGAUUUCAUUACACACCAUAAAUAUUUCAGGAAAUUAGAUAAAAUCGUGUCGUCGGAAGGGUAACCUUGAUAAUUUAAAAUGAUUUUUAGAUUACAGAAAAUAUUUUACGGUUCGUUUUCCUCAAAAUGACCGGCACUGCCGUUGAAGUGUUCUAAAAAUAUAUAUUUCCCAUAUUGUUCAGAAUGACUAAAAUGAAACACGCAUGAUUCCCUGUAACUUUGAGUUUCGUGCUUACGCACUCUUCAAACAGAUUUAAUGAAAAACAUUCUCGUAGUUUAAUUAAAUCUAUAUAUAAAAGGUAGCUGCUGAUUACAAUAGGUUGUUGUUAUAUAGUAGGUGAGAAAAAGCCAAAAUUACAAUGGGUGUGGAUGUAUCAAUGAAGGACAAUGAGGCAGUAGGUGUAAAUAUAUUGACAAAAGUCUAUUGUAGCGGGAAAGCGUCAGAUGUUCUUUAGAUAAAACUUGUUUUCGUGACGGCAUUCGGAUAUAAGUUCAGAUCUUUUAUUCAGUAAGUUUUUCUCACCUAUUAUAUAACAACAACCUAUUGUAAUCAGCAGCUACCUUUCUUUAUUUAUAUAAAUUAGCCUACAAGAAUGUUUUUCAUUAAAUCUGUCGGACGAGCGUGUAAGCACAAAACUCAGAGUUACAGGGAAUCAUGCCUGUUUCAUUUCAGUCAUUUUGAACUGUAUUUCGCUCUACACUCAUGUGUAUUGAGCACUUUCCAACAUCAUUUGCUACAAUUUCCCACAAUUAUUUCCCAUAUUGUAGACCUUGCCUCUAUUUUCGCACCAUUUCAGAACAAGGUCAUGAGUAUUAAACUUUCGCAUAACUGACGUCGACUACCAGCAACCUCUUUUUCUGUGAAGUCUGUCGUACAAGUGAAAACAAAUCAGUGAAAAAUACAAACAAACAAACAAAUGAUAUUAGUGCCUUGUGCCUCACUCCCAGAGUUCUGCACUGCGCACUGACCUUUUCUUUUUUGGACUGAUUUCUUUUGUGACCCGUGCGACGGAUUUCACUAAAAAGCAAGGGCUUAUUGUAGUCUAUAGCCGACGACACAUGGAGUCAUAAUACCUUUUUUUUUCGUUAUUUUUCUUUUUUUUCUUUUUUAGUUUGUGGAUUCUUUUGGUGUUCUAAGGCAGCUCAGUGUCACUCGGGAUGGAAAGAAUGGAAUAAAGCUUGCUUUAAGUUUGUUCCUUCCCAAGCCUCUUUCUCAGCCGCUUCUGCUGCUUGUAAAAAGGACCAAGCAAAUCUGGUGUCAAUUCAUAGCCCAGAAGAAAACGAAGUUGUGCGAACUUUGGCCGGAGGCAAAAACGUUUUCAUUGGUCUUAACGACAACAAAACUGAAGGAGUGUUCGUUUGGAGCGAUGGCAGCACUGUUACAUAUGAGAACUGGGAAGAUAAUGAACCUAAUGAUGGCUUUAACAUGAGCGAUUGUGUAAUUCUGGAUGGGUCGUCGUCCCGUGGAAAAUGGAAUGACACACCGUGUAUUAUGUGGUAUAAAUAUGUGUGUAAACUUACACACGCCCAGCCCUUCGAUGGGAAAGGUGAGCUGAUUUGUGACUUGCAGAGAGUAGUUGAAUUGACAAAAUUGCUCUACAUCCGUUGCGAAUAAUGCUAUCGCUGAAACAGAAUAGGUGCAGUUAUAAGAAAAAGGGUGGUUACUCAAUGGAGCGCCUAGAAAAUAGGGGCAGUUUUUAACAAACAACAUCAAAUUUUAGGGGGGGAGGGGGUAAAUUGAAUAAUUGCGGUAAACCCCUGGUUUAAUGACUUAGUUUUCACUACCUUAAACUUAAACAUCAAUCACCCUUUUAUUGCGUCAGUUAUUUCAUGUUGGUCACAAAAUGAAAAGGAUUCAAGCCAAUGAACAAACAAACAAACAAAAAUUUAACAGGUGUUCAAAGUUUGAGACAAUAUUAUUAUAGUUUGCAAAUUACAUUAAUUUUAUUCUUAUAUUUAAUUACCAUGCUGUUAGUCACAAGCGCCAUCCAAAUUCGGAAGGUUGUAUAUUACUGACUUUCACUAAGGGCUGUGUCAAAUUUAGUAGUUAUUUUUAGUUGCACGCACAUUUGAAGUUGCUAAUUAACGGCUGGCGCGAACCCUAAUAAUCAAUUUAACAGAAACGAUGGCUGCCUAAGUUUCAACUUAAUGUAGUAUGGAGUAAUUGGCUGAUGGGAGGAAUAGAAAAAAAUGCAGUGAUUUACCAGUUAUUCCGGUUAAAACUCGAGGAGAGGAAUACUUCUUAAUUUAUACCUUCCUCUUGUGGAAAAGACCUUUUCCUCUUUUUUCUUACAAGAUAUGGUUUUUCCGUAGAAAUGAAAAGGACCCUCAUGGCCUCAGUCCAAAGAGUAUGCAUAUCUUAUUAAGCGAUGUCACACCCCUGAACGACAUCACACAACUUCCUAUAAACACCUGAAACAACACACUUUUUUUCAUUUCACCACAGACAAGAGCGCAAUAAAGAAGGAACAAUCCUUCAUCAGCAACGAGUGGAAUGCUCUCAUUAAUCAUGUGAUUUACGAAGAAUUAACGUCAUCCGCCAUUCAUUGUGCUUUUCUUUGCAUGAAUAAUCCAACAUGCAAAUCAAUCAAUUAUAAAUCACAGCACGCGGAUGGCGAGGGAGAAUGCCAACUAAAUGAUGCUACGGCAGAGGAAUUUCCGCUGGAUAUCAUCCAUUCGUCUCAUUCUACUUACACUGUCCCUAUUGUUUGACCACAAAGCCAACGAGGACCAUGUGACAGACAGACUAUUAUGGGCUGCUUAAACGAUCAUGCACUGAUUCCAUUAAACUCACAACUACCAGCUACUCUUAUCGUCAUAUUAUGUGUAAUUUAAAGGGGCUCUGAAUGGUUUCGACCACUCAGCGUUUGGCAUUUUGACACUAGUUUGCUGGACGAUGUAAAAAUGCCAUUGCAGUGCAACUGACAGGCAUUUCUGUGUAAACAGAUUCAAAUAAGAAAAAUCCCAACCUUUCGUUGCCCUGAAACAUCAACAAAAACGAUAGUUAACAUUGGCUUUUUAGUUCUUGAUGAAUAGCAAUGAAAUUGGGAUUAACAGUAUUUGCGCUUUGGGACCUCCAACAUAAAGUGGCUCUGAAACAAGUCAUAAUAAAGAUAUCUUGAUAGGGAGCCAACGUCACUGAUGUGUUAUUCAACGAGGCCCUCAUAAAGUAAAUGGCAGAAGUAAUAGAAGUGCCUGAAUAGUGAAAACUGUAAAACGUAACGGACUGGUCAUAGUUUAUCACCGAAGGGGGGAAGGGGCUCGAAGAUUUUGGUUAUGUCACAAUAAAGUUUACC